CCAGCGUGUUGGGGACUGCUUGUGUGGGCAUUGGAGGGUGGGCGCCUGGCUACUGCUCACGCUGCUGGGCUGCCUGGUCCUCCUCAGCACCAAUGCCCUGCUCAAUCUCAGAGGAGAUGUCAAACUGACAAAAAGAUCCACAGAGACCAACUCCAGUACCACGAGUAUGCCGAUGCCUCAAGUCCGCUCGUCUCAAGUGCGUCUGGUGAAUGGUGCCAACCGGUGCGAGGGCCGCGUGGAGGUGCACCACAACGGCACCUGGGGCACGGUGUGCGACGACGACUGGGACAUGGUGGACGCCAACGUGGUGUGCCGGCAGCUGGAGUGUGGCACGGCAAUCUCCAUAGGCAGCAGCUCGCGCUUCGGACAGGGCACCGGCGAGAUCUGGCUGGACAACGUGGACUGUAAAGGAGGCGAGACCGACCUGGCCGAGUGCGGCAGCCUCGGAUGGGGCACCCACAACUGCUACCACUACGAGGAUGUGGCCAUCACCUGCAAAGCUAGAGCGUCUUUGGAAACACGAGGAGUGCCACUGGAUCCCACCCCUACAUCAAACCGCAAAUCUGGCUUGCGAGAUGGUACCAUUCGUCUGGUCGGAGGAGCCAACUACUGCCAAGGCCGGGUGGAGAUCUACUACCAGGGUAGCUGGGGCACAGUCUGCGAUGACGACUGGGGCCUGACGGACGCCAAUGUGGUGUGCAAGCAGAUCGGCUGCGGCCGCGCUGUCUCAGCACACUCCAACGCCUACUUUGGCUACGGCACAGGCCUCAUCCUGCUGGACAACCUCAACUGCAAUGGCUACGAGGGACAGCUCAGUACCUGCUACAGCCUGGGCUGGGGCAUCCACAACUGCGGACACCACGAGGAUGCCGGAGUCGUAUGCUCAGAAUCUGGCACUACGACCCCUGCAUCAACAGUGAACACGGAUACACAGCCCAGAUUUUUAUUCCCCAAUGCCACGACUUCAGUCACUGGUGUAUACACAGAGACUACACAAAUCAGCACCACAACAAGCUCCACCACCCUCACCCCCACCACCACAACCACUUCUCCCACCACUACAACAACCAAAUCCACCACGCCUAGAGCGCAGCCCACCAUCCGGGUGAUGAACGGCAACAGCAGCUGCAGAGGCCGCGUGGAGGUGCUGCGCAACGGCAUCUGGGGCACGGUGUGUGACGACGACUGGGACAUGGACAACGCCAGGGUGGUGUGCCGGCAGCUGGGCUGUGGCCCGCCGCUGGCCGCCACAAAGCUGGCGCUCUACGGCUACGGCACCGGGCCCAUCAUGCUGGACAACGUUGACUGCGUGGGCAACGAGCAGAAGCUGACCGACUGCUUCCACCUGGGCUGGUUCCAGCACAACUGUGGACACCACGAGGACGCAGGGGUCAUCUGCACCCCAUUGACAGAUUACAUGACUGUAGCGAGAGAUUUUGGCAUGACGUUCAAGGGGCCCCCACAGACGACUCCAUCUAGCCCGCCCCUGCCCACACCAGGUGCAAUACGGUUGGCUGAUGGGCAGCACAGGUGCGAGGGCAGGGUGGAGAUCUUCUCCGGUGAAUCGUGGGGCACGGUGUGCGAUGACGCCUGGGACCUGCCGGACGCCCAGGUAGUGUGCCGCAUGGUGGGCUGUGGCGACGCCCUGGCCUCCCGGGGCCAGUCCUACUACGGGCCCGGCACCGGCGUCAUCCUCAUGGACAACCUCAAGUGCACGGGCAACGAGGCCAGCCUGCACGACUGCAGCCACAUAGCCUGGGACGUCCACAACUGUGACCACUCGGAAGACGCCGGGGUCUCCUGCUCCCUGCUCUUCUCGUGAUCGUGCCGUGCACACCCCUUUUUGCACCACCAAUGCAUGCAAGCACGGCAUGUAAGCAGUGAUGGAUGACCUGGAUUCAGAGGCUGC